AUGGAUUCACCACUGCUCGAGGUCUGGCACGGCGCGUCUGCCAGCCCAUUUCUCCCCACUAUUGGCAAAGGCACCCAGUUCCCCGUUGCUUUCCUCCUCCUCCUUAUCGGUUUCACCUUGACCGGCGCUUUUACUCUUAACCGGUCCAUCAUCAAUCUGCCUCUCCUGGGCAUCCCGGCUUCUUUGGCCUUUGCGUACGUCCCCGUUGUGCCUCGACUCAACAUGUCACAACCAACUCAAGACGCAAGCGGGCCUCCCUUGUUCAGGGCAGUCACCAGCUCCACGCGCCCGCUCUACCAGCUCCUCAAAGCGAUCGGCUUCACCAACAAGAUCCACGUCGAAAUCACCCCGGAGGGCCUCAGAUUCGGCGCCGACCACGCUCGCGUCAUGCAAGGCGCCGCCCAUUGGAACAAGAACCUCUUCGCCAGCUACAUCACCAACCUCCCACCCGCCCCUGCCAACAACGAUGAUGACGACGCCGCCACGGACGAUCCCGAGCCCGUCUCCUUCCAGAUCUCCCUCCCCGCCUUCCUCGAAACCCUCCAAAUCUUCGGCGUCGCCGACGUCGCCGCCCGUCAAUCCCGGCUCGACAUCGACCCCCUCGCGCGCGGCAACCCGCGCCUAAAUAACCAGCACCGGACCGGCGGCGGCGGCGGUCAUGGUUCCGACGCCUUCAGCCUCCAAACCCUCCACGGCUCAUCCACCACGUCCUCCAACGGCACCUGCAUCCUCAGCUACCCGUCGGACGGCGGGCCGUUCAGCAUCAUCCUCGACGAAGCGGGCGUCAAGACGACGUGCAACCUGACGACCUACCUGCCCGAGACGCCCGAGGACAUACCCUUUGACGUCGAGGACCUGUCCUUCAAGGUGAUCAUGCAGGCGCGCUACCUGCUGGAUGCGCUGGCGGAGGUGGGCAGCAUCAGUCCGGAAAGGCUGACGAUCGCGGUCUCGCGCAAGGAGCCCUACUUGAGGUUCAGGACGUCCGGGAGCCACAGCGGUACGGGAGCGCCCGGGGUGGAGAGCACGGUGGAUUUCAAGCGCGGAAGGGAUCUGUUGGAGACGUUCUCGGUUAGAGCGGUGGACAGGGCCAAAGGCGAGAGGAGAUGGAGCCAAACGUUCAAGUUUGAUACGAUCAAGGCGGCGACCGAGGCCAUGAAGAUUGCGAGCAAGGUCAGCUUGAGGGGCGAUGGGCAGGGUGUGUUGAGCAUGCAGUUUAUGGUGGAGGUGGAAGGGGCUGGAGGUGGUGGUGGUGGUGCGGGAGGGGGUGUUCCAGGAGGAGGAGUCGGGUUGAGUUUCUUGGACUUUCGGUUUGUGCCUUAUGCGACGGAUGGGGAUGAGGAGAGCGAUACUGAAGGGGAGGGUGAUGAUGUUGAUAUGGGUGAUGUAUGA